AUGGUGAGCUCCGACCACAGCCUCCACAUCCUCCUGCUGCCGUUCCCUGUCCAGGGCCACAUCAACCCGCUGUUACGGUUCGGCAAGUGCCUCGCCGCCCACGGUGGCAUCCGGUGCACCCUCGGGGCGACCCGCUUCGUGGCCAGCUCCACCAAGCCGGGCCCCGGCAGCAGCUCCUCCAUCCACGUCGCGGUCUUCUCAAACGGCUACGAUGGCGGCGGCCUUGAUGAGCUCGACGGCCCCGGCGUGCCCUACUUUGAGCAGCUCGCGUCCGCCGGGUCCGAGACGCUGGACGCCCUCGCGUCGGAGGCGGCGGAGCACGGCCGCCCCGUGCACGUGGUGGUGUACGACGCGUUCCUGCCGUGGGCGCAGAGCAUGGCGUGGUGGCGCGGCGCCGCGUGCGCGGCGUUCCUCACGCAGACGUGUGCCAUGAACGCGCUCUAUGCCCACGCGUGGGUGUUGAUAUUUUGCAACGUCAUGAAUAAAAUCCGCAAGUGCACGGAUACCGCUAGUAGCUCAUAG